ACGUGGCUGCAUUUCUGGCUUCAAAAACGUGACGUCAAGGCCUCUUCUAUUUUGUUCCUUUUGGGAUAAGCCGAGCAGUGAAUCCUCUAAAGCCAUUCAUGAAGCCAAAGCUGGCCAAGGCGCCAAAGCUUCGUGGUCUUCAUCUCUGAUUGGUUGCAUAUUCUUAUGGUGGCUUUGGGUAGACUACCUUUGAAAUGGUCAUGGCCCCGCGCCGUAAAAAAACACGCGGCACGGUUGGCGGCAAGACAACAUCGACUGCAGGUUCUCAGCCGGUGCCUACGUGCGCGUUUUGCGACCUGCCGCACAGCGAUGACAUCAACGGGGAACUCCUUAGCCGGAACGGCCUUCACGUGCACUACUUUUGCAUGCUCUUCUCGAGUGGCCUGCACCAGAGAGGCGAGGAGGAUGACCCACUGCGCGGUUUCAUGGAAGCCGACGUGCGCGCGGAACUACGCCGGGGCAACAGGCUGAUUUGUUGCUUCUGCAAGCGAAAAAAUGCGACCGUUGGCUGCUGCCUGCGGGCAUGCAAGAAGGCGUUUCAUAUGCCCUGUGGAGUUGAGCGGGACUGCCUCCUUCAGUUCUUUGGUGACUUCAGGGUGUACUGCGCAGCACACCGCCCUCGCCAGAAUGUGGUGCCACUGGAACGAGAAGGCGCCAGCCUGUGCUCCAUCUGCUCCGAGGAGAUGGUCCACCCAUCAGUGGACGUGCUGGUGACACCCUGCUGCAGGCAGAUGUUCCACCGAAAGUGCAUCCAGCGCCAGGCCAUAAGCGCAGGCAGCCACUUUUUCCGCUGCGGCCACUGCAACAACCAGGAGGCCUUCCAAAGGGAGAUGCAGGACCACGGCAUCUACGUGCCUGAUCAAGAUGCCUCCUGGGAGCGGGAACCACACGCCUACGAGGACCUGCUCUACCGGUACCAGCACUGUGAUGCACCACGUUGCUCCUGCCCCUUGGGGCGCAGCCACCACCAGGAGGAUGGUCGCUGGAGGACGGUGGUGUGCGACAGCUGCGGCUCCCAGGGCGUCCAUGCAUCCUGCGGCAAUGUGGCAGGCACCCACUGGAUCUGUGCAGACUGCCGCCAGAUCAUCACUCGAAAAAUUUAUAAUGCAGCACAAAAAGAAAAGCAGCUGGCUGCCAUGACAUCGGACAUGGCUAGUGAAGAUGGCAGCAGCCAGCACAGAAGGCGGCAGCAGCGGCGGCAACGACGUGCCGCAAGAUUAAUUUCUUCAGAUGAGGAGAGAGUGUGUGGUGCAGACAAUGGUGGCUUUUCACACGGCUCAGAGGAAACUUCAACACACUUGCUUCUGCAAGCAAACUUUGCUCCCCGUCCCAGUCCUCUAGCCCCACUGAGUAGCACCGCUAGCCGCUCGACUGAUGUGCCUUCCCUGGCAACGACCUCUGAGCAUGCUGGAUAUUCAGCCAUGCCUACAUCAUCAGUGCAAGGUCAAACUUACAGAGAAAGGAAUUUGCAGAUGUCGAGACGGCAGAAGAAAAUUCUGAAGGAGUUGGAAAAGAUGACAGCAGAGCUCUCAGCACAUGUAGAUAUCUUAAAGAAGUUGGAAAUGUCAUCAUACUCACUGCAAGCACAUGCCCAGAAUGCCAGACCUGUUGACCGCAGCGUGCUUGAUGUACUACCAUUGACAUCCCAUGAAGGGUUGCAGGAGCUCGAGAAUCGACUCUCUACUGCCCAGAGUAGGGCUAACCUUGUCUCCUGCCUGUCAACAAUAGGAGGAUCAUCUCCACAGGAUUCCAUGCGCCACGUAAUGCAGAGGUGCAUGCAAGACAGCUAUGCCCAAAAGUUUAGCAUGACGGGGAGGAAAGGGAAGAAACCAUUCAUGGGCCUUCAGCUUUUCAGUGCCAUGAUCGAGGCAGUGAAGAAGAACUUCCCCGAUGCCACCGACAUGAUGCUGAGGUCAUAUGCUGCUGACUGGCUGCGUUAUGCUCCUUCAAGGUUUCAGAGAAGCAUCGGAAUGCACCAGAGGAUGCCAGCUGUGCCGGCACGAGUAGCGUAGAGAACCCAUCAGUUCUGGAGCAAAGGUUUCAGGAACAAUAAAGUGACUUUUCCCAUGCAA